GUAGGGAGCCUUCGAUGGAGGAGUUUAGUUACUUUUAUGACAUAAAGAACGUGGGUCUCCACAAUGGCUUCUACUAUUUCAGCAAGUGGGCCACUUCUGAAAUCAACGGUGUGGAAGGCAUGGUUUCCAAUAUGGGGGAUUAGAAAUCUAAAUGGUUUUACGUGUUUAAAGUCCCAGGAAUUAGGGCUGAUUUUAAUCGUCGACCUAGUACGUCGCACAUUUCCUUACCUAGUUUUUAUGUUACCUUGUGAUUUUGAGCUAAUAUGCAUUUCCUUAUUUUCCGCAGAUAGACCAGCUCGACCUGUGCUAGAUGCAACUCGCAGAGAAGCCGCUGAAAUUCUCGGAAGCCUCCCUGUUCAAGAUCGUGACUGGCUAUUAUUGUGCACGACCUUGAAACUACGGGAACAUAAGCUAACUCCAGAGAACGCGAGCCUUCAAAGGGAGCCAGUGUACAAGGAGCCGUCUGAAAAGCAAAAGGAGCGGAUAGACAAACACCUUUCCAAGCAGACUUCUCAGCCGACAUCAGAGAUGACUUUCCUAAAACAAGCACCCGUUCUUAAUCGCAAGGCAAAGACUGGAACGGCGACGACGUCUCCCAUCGUUCCCCAGAAGAGAAAAAGCGAUGUCGUGGCUACCCCUGCUGCGGAUUCUUCCAAGAAGCUAGCUAAGCCUACACAGGACAAGGGGAAGAAAGUCGUUAUCGAUCCAGCUGUUCGAGCUCGCGAUUUCCUAGUUCUUCAGGAAAAGUUUGUGGGCGAGGAGUUCAUGUCCAAGGUAGAGAGGACUCCUUCUGAGGAACUUAUGCCUCGCUCUGCGGAGUUGGCUUCGCAGUUCAUGACCAUAUUCUCGAAGGCCUUUGUUGCUGGCUCCAAGGAAGUCGAACUGUUAAAGAGGAAGAAUGCCCAGCUUCAGGAGAGCGUCAAAAAGCUGAAACAGGAAGCGGCUAACAAGGACAAAGAGCACAAGGAAUUUCGUAAGCAAGUCGAACUUGAAGCCAAGAACUCUAAGACGAAGAUUGAGGAGAUGUCUCGCGACUUGGAGGUCGAGAAGGAGAAUGGAAAGCAGCAGUACGACCAGGCGGUCUCUGACUACAUCUGCACAACUCUUUCCAAGAUUCCAAACUUCGACUUCUCGAUCCUUGGGGCAGAGGCGGCUGAGAUGGCUGAGGCUUUUCGAGCCAUGUCACCCACGCAGACUCAAGGAGGUGAAAGAAAUCUUUUCCCCGAGGAUGAUGAUGUUGCGGACACUGAAGAAGUCGUGGACGAGGCUGCCAGCAAAGUCGCAGAUGAAUCUACCACUCCAACUGCCCCUAUUGCUCCCAAUGCUUAACUUUUACUUUAAUAUUACUUUUGCCAAACUUUCUUAAGCGGUACAACGGUAUCGCAAUUUGUACUUAGACAAAUUUAUGUUUAUUUUCCUUUUGAACAACAUAUAUCCCUUCGGGGAUAUUUACUUAUAUGAUUUC